AUGAGAGCUCUCUGGAUCACUCUUUCGGCGCUAGCAUCAAAGUCAGGAGGUCGACGCAUAAUGAGCUCUUCUACAAGUGGGGCAAGACCCAAUAGGGUGCAAAUCCAGGAUCUUUGGAAGAAGCUGAGGUCGAACAAAGCUGGUAUCUUCUUGCUGGAUGGAGGAACCGGAGAAGAACUAUUUCAACGAGGGGUACCAGAUGAUCGCAAGAUUUGGAGUGCCACGGCAUUGGUCCACCCAGAAUACCAACCUGCCCUACGAGAUGUCCACAAGUCCUUUCUCGCAGCAGGAGCCCAAGCCAUCACUACCAAUUCCUAUGGCGUCGUUCCAGGAGUCGGAUUCACCUCUGAAGAAAUUGAAAAACAUGUCACCACGGCUGGACGGAUUGCCCGAGAAACCGUCGAUGAUUUCAACAACAAUAAUCCGCAGUGUGAGCCAAAACUGGUCCUAGGAUCUCUGGGACCCUUGUUGGAAAGUUAUAGGCCAGACAAACUCAUGGAAUCAGAGGAAGGCAUCAAAAUAUACGGUGUCAUGGCACGGGCGUUGCUGCCAUUUGUGGACGUCUUUAUAGCCGAAACAAUGUCUUGCGUUGAAGAGGCUACACAAGCUAUACGUGCUGUCGGAACGCUAGAAAAGGACGACGGAGCAAGUUGCCGGACCAUGAUUGUAUCUUAUACCCUCGCUUCUUCGGGAUGUCUACGGGAUAGCGAGACAGCAACCAGGGCUGUGACCCGGACCAUGGACCUUUGCAAGGAAAGUGGGGUCGAAUUACUCGGAGUGCUGUUUAAUUGCGCCGAACCAGAAGCCAUCACCAAAGCACUUGCAUCCAUCCGAGAAGACUCGGCUCUACAGCAACGAAUGACAGAUCAAGGUGUCUUGACGGGAGCCUACGCCAAUCGCCUCACUCCCGUGGACCCAAACUGGUCCUUGGCAGAGUCAGAAGCUCCUCAGGCAACACGAGAUGACCUGAGUGUAGAGAGAUACUCGAAUGAGUUUGUCUCUCCUUGGGUCAAUGACUUCGGGGCUACCUUUGUGGGAGGUUGUUGUGGAAUUACACCUGCAUACAUUGAGCACAUUCACAAGCACCUUCGCUAG